GUCAGUGUGACUAUCUGUCUUUCUUUCUCCUUUGCAAUCUUGCAAUGGCACAAACACCAACCCAGAGACCCUGUUCAAGCAUCAUCGAUUCUCUGGGUGAAGAAAUCGUGAGAAUCAUCGCACCCGUUUCAAUAUGCAUGUUCUUGGUCGUUAUAUUGGUGUCAAUUCUGAACACGGAUUCUUCUCUCUUCGACGCAUCGAUGAGCAUGGUCACCAUGGCCUACACCGAGACAACCUCGGACUCCACCUGGGACAAAUUCCUCGGUGCCCUUUUGAACUCUCUGGCUUUCGUCGUCCUCGUCACCUUCGCAACCUUCAUCCUGGUUCUCCUCUUUUACUUCCGAUGCACCAGGUUCUUAAAACUCUACAUGGCUUUCUCCACUUUCAUCGUGCUGGGGUUCCUCGGCGGUGAAGUCUCGCUGUUCUUGAUCCAACAGUUUAACACCCCCGUUGAUUGCAUUACGUUUUUCCUCUUGCUAUGUAAUUUCGCCGUUGUGGGUGUUUUGACCGUGUUUAUGUCAAAAAUGGCAAUUUUUGUGACCCAGGGGUAUUUGGUUGUUAUUGGGAUAUUGAUUGCUUAUUCGUUUACUAUGUUGCCUGAGUGGACCACCUGGGCCUUGCUUGUUGCUAUGGCGCUGUAUGAUGUUGCCGCAGUUUUGUUACCAAUUGGGCCGUUGAGGCUUUUGGUGGAGCUUGCAAUAUCAAGGGAUGAGGAAAUUCCCGCGUUGGUUUAUGAGGCUAGACCAGUGAACCAUGGUAAUUUGAGUCCCAGGGAUCUUGUGCAGAGGAGGCGGUUAUGGAGAGAAAGGAGGGUUGAUAAUUCAAAUCUUCAAACUGAUUCCAACUCAGCGUUGGGUCAUGGAUCCAGUGUUGAAUUUCCCUCCGGUUCUGACGGAAGCCCCAGCAAUAACUUAAACAUGGUUAGGGAGAAUGCCUCUAGAAAUGCAAUUCUAACAGCUAAUAGUUCUGGUGGCUCUUAUGGUUGCAUAAGUUUGGUGAAUGCAGAAGAGGAACCAGUGCGCCUUCAUGAGACUGAUUCAGACCUUUCUGCGCCCUUGAUUGAUCGUGGAAUGAAUGUCCAGCACGGUAGGGGGGAAGAUGCUGUGCCAAGUGAGAAUUUGAUGCUAGAAGGAAUUGGAUUGGGUUCUUCUGGUUCAAUCAAGUUAGGGCUGGGAGAUUUUAUCUUCUACAGUGUUUUGGUUGGCAGGGCGGCAAUGUAUGAUUUUAUGACGGUAUAUGCAUGUUAUCUUGCUAUCAUUGCGGGUCUUGGCAUAACUUUGAUCCUUUUGGCUUUAUAUCAGAAGGCUCUGCCUGCUCUUCCUGUGUCAAUAGGACUGGGUGUGUUGUUUUAUUUCUUGACAAGGCUCCUACUUGAAGUAUUUGUAGUACAAUGUUCUAUAAAUCUCUUGUUGUUCUAAGGUUAGGAAUCUUAUUGUUUGGGUUUGGUACUUUUGUACCGAACUUAUGACAUGACCACGAAUAUUAUUAGUUAAAAUCUUGGUUUCAUGCCCAUCUUUAGCUGUAAGGUUUUCAGGAAAUGUAUAUUUACUUUAUAGCAAUUCA